AUGGUGUGCAACGAAAUGGCUAUUCCGGACGAGAUAUCUGAGAAUGCGCUACCGGAACUGAAAGCUGCCAUCGCCAUCUCCGAUGUAAGAAUGAAUAUGCCUUCAUUCUUCUCCAAUUACAGCAAUUUCCACAAGCUACAACGAAUUGUUAGCUACAUUAGUCGGUUUGCUGAUAAUUGCCAUAAGCAGAAUCCAGCCGACCGAGAACUCAGAUCCCAUCUAACCGUCCAUGAGCUUAGCCGUGCAACAGAAACCAUCCUCCACGUCAUACAGCAUGCACACUUUGCUGACGAAAUCAAACGAGUCCUCGACAACGAACCCUGCAAGAGGUUAGGAAAUCUUCGUCCUAUCUACACCAACGGUUUACUCCGUGUUGGUGGCCGACUUGACCGAUCGCAACUACCAUUUGAAAGUCGCCAUCAAAUUAUCUUACCGGAUAAGAAUCCGGUGAUUCAUCGAUUCAUCCAGCAGAUGCACGUCGAACUUUUUCAUGUCGGGAAAACAGGUUUGCUGAAUGCUCUUCGCCAAAGGUACUGGCUCCCGAAAGGUCGAUCCAUCAUCCAUUUCAUCACCCGUCGACGCGUUAAAUGCUUCCGAACCAAUCCUACGACACCCAAUCCACUAAUGGGAAACCUGCCAGCGUCGAGAGUGAUGCUAUCGCCCCCAUUCGCCAUAACCGGUGUGGAUUACGCCGGCCCCUUCUGGAUUAAACAAGGGUCACGUCGUCCGACACUGAUCAAGGCCUACGUAGCCCUCUUCGUCUGCAUGGCAACUAAGCCUGUGCACCUGGAAGUCGUCUCCGAUUUGAGCACCGAUGCUUUUCUGGCAUCUCUAAGAAGAUUAAUUGCUCGCCGUGGAAUGAUUCAUGAAUUGCACUCGGAAAACGCCACCAACUUUCGAGGUGCGAAUCAUAAAUUGAACAGCCUAUACCAACAGUUCCAGAAUCAGCAGGCUGUGAACGCCAUCGAAUCCUUUUGA